AUGCGAUGGGUGAUUGUGGUGGCGCUAGCGAUCGGCCUGGCUGCAAGCACUGAUAAGCGGCCGCACUUCACCACAGAACCGCCCCCUCGGGUGCUGUGGCCAGCCACGAGGGGCGCUCAUGCGGUAUGCAGGGCCAAUGGACAUCCGACACCAGACAUUCAUUGGGUCACCGCUGAGGGACAGGUCAUUACUACCAUACCCGGGUCAAGACAUGUUCUAAGUGAUGGACGUUUAGUGGUAGGAGCUCGUCGGUCCAUAGUGGACGCUGGAGGAGGUGGAAGCAGCGCCAUUAUUCGGUGUCGAGCAUCAAAUAAAGCGGGCGUCACACUUUCACGGCCUGUUCUUUUACAACCAGUUGACGACAGUGUCCUCACAACUACAGUGAAGCAACUAACUCCCGCAAAAUUAGGCGGAUCUGUAGUUUUAAGAUGUGAGAUAUCACCACAAAUAGGCUUCACAGACAUCAAAUGGCUUCACGAUGGACUUCCUCUCGCUACUGGGUAUAUCGGUACAGAGACAAGGUGGAUAUCUGGUGCGGGAGGCCUAUUAUUAGGAUCAGACCUGACGCAGGCUGACGUAGAAGCUGAAUAUAAAUGUGUUGCGGUAGACACACUCAGUUCCACGUUAAAGCUAACGACAGAUGAAAGCACCUGGUUAGAAAGUGUGGAGGUCAAUUCCAUUGAAGCUCGAAUGGGCGACACCGUCAUAUUGCCGUGCAUUUUUCGACACAUCAACAGACAUGCAAUUACAUGGCAGCGACAAGACGCAAAUGGAGUUUGGGUGACUGCAUCAGGUGAAGGGGUUGUACGAAGUGGUGCGUUGAUCUUACCGAAUGUGCAGUUCCAACACGCGGUCAAAUACGCCUGCUCACCUGGUACAGAGAGCACACCGCGCCUCAUUGUAAGGCUAGUGGUGUAUGAGCCAUUGACUGUAACCGUUACACCGAAUCCUUUGUUGAUAGGUACUGGUGGGUCUGGCCAGUUUAACUGUUCCGUAUCAGGAGGUAGGGGUGGAGGGGUCACACUAAGCUGGCAACAUGAAGGCAGGCCGUUACACUCUCCACAGUCCAAACUGACACUGGGACAUGUGAGGGCCCACCAUGCUGGUGUUUACCAAUGCACGGCUUAUGAUCACUCGGAUUCAGCAGUUUCUGGGGCUGAACUUAUAAUUGCUGACAGACCUCCAAGACUGGUGACGACAUUCAGUGAGGUCAUAACUCGUGUUGGGCAAAGCAUUGUUCUAAGAUGUGCAGCUACUGGUUUACCACCUCCUAGAAUAGUCUGGACUUUGGACGGCAGACCUCUUCCAUCAGCACCGGAAAAAUAUACAAUAAAUACAAGGGCAGAAUCCCUCCCAGGAAGUGAAGAAGGGAGCAUUAUAUCGACUUUAAAUAUAAAUAUUAGAACUGCCGAUGAAGGAGGCAGAUAUGGGUGUAAUGCAACUAAUUCUGGCGGGUCGCGGGCGCAUCAUGCAAGGAUUAAUGUUUUUGGCUCCCCCAACAUCAGAUAUUUACCACCGAUGCAUGUUAAAGUUGAAGCUGAUGUCAUAAUUUAUUGCCCUUAUUCUGGAUAUCCUAUUAAGGAGGUUGUUUGGAGGCGGGAUGAUGGAUUGUUGGUUGAAUCACCAAUGGAAUCCGCCGAAGAACGUGGCAUAUUGAGGUUAACAUCUGUGAGGAGUUCCGCUGCUGGAAGCUAUACCUGUGAAGUUAGGGCUGAGAGUGGAGAGCUGGCAAGGCGGACGGUUCGGAUUGAAGUACAUAAACCUCCGAAAAUCGCAUCAUUUCAAUUUCCGGAUGAGUUAGAAGUGGGCGGAAGUACGCAAGCGACCUGUAGCUUGGUAUCCGGUGAUAAACCUAUACAAUUCACAUGGCAAAAGGACAAUUUACCAAUCCCUUCAGUAUUAAAAGUUGAACAAAAAAAUAUGGAUUUCUUCACAAUACUAGUGAUACAGGGGUUGACUUCAAUGCACAGCGGUGAAUAUUCGUGUCGGGCCACAAAUGAAUUUGGAAGUGUUAGCCACUCGGCAUUUUUGGUUGUGAAAGAGGCUCCGUUGUGGGUGUGGCGAGCACAGAACACUUCAGUUUCGGCCGGGGCUGCAGUUCUCUUGCCAUGUUCUGCCAAGGGACAGCCUCAGCCGAGAAUAACCUGGGAAUUUUCUAGUGAUGGCGAAAGCUGGCAUCAUAUUCUAUGGGGUCAGACCGAGGGUAGUGAAAUCAGCAAAGGAUCAAUUCUCUCAGACGGUACAGUGUGGCUUCGGACGGCUACGCCAGAGCACGAGGGCUGGUACAGGUGUACUGCCAGGGUUCAACAUUCCUUCUUACACCAUGUUUUCUUUUUGGAUGUUAGAGAACCACCAAAGUUAAGCCGUGGGGGUGGGGCUGGUGAGAGUCAAUGGGUGGUACGUGGUACUCCUGCGCGACUGACUUGUACCGUCAAAGGGGAACCGGAGAUUCACGUGCACUGGACUCAUGACUCGCACCCGCUUUCUCUACAUGGUUCUGGAGGAGUAGAGAUGCGAGAUUUAGGUAACGGUGCAAUGAUGUCUGAAAUUACGAUCGCUCACGCUGAGCCGGAACACGCGGGAGAUUACCGAUGCCUCGCGAGGAACUUGUAUGGCACAGAUGAACUUGUCUUCAAGCUUUAUGUGAAAGAACGACCAAAUACUCCCGAAGAGGUUCGCAUAUCGGAAGUCUGGUCGCGUAAAGCCCGCGUAACAUGGCGUGUAACACGACAAAUCAUUGUCUCACACUACUCGCUACAAUAUCGCUCCCUCGCCCGCGACCUAACAAACGCUCCGCUCAACGCUCUGCUACCCGCUCCAUUACCCUCCCCCGAGACGUGGGACUCGCACGAAGUCCUCAACGUUACACUGGCUAAUUCGGAUUUGCUUCAAGUCGCGUCAGAAGGACCUAGUCGAGCAGGGGCAUUAGUGUCCGGAUUAUAUCCUGACACUCGCUACGUGCUACGAAUAGCCGCCCAUAACGAUGUCGGUUCCUCCCCGUUCACAUUAGCGCUACACUUCACUACGAGGGAGGAAGCUCCAGGAGGAGUGCCACGCGACAUAUCCUUGAGAGCUCUGCGCGCUCGAGAAUUACAUGCUACUUGGCAGCCACCACCGCGUGAAUCAUGGCACGGUACUUUACUUGGCUACACAGUUCGUUGGUGGGAGGCAUCAGAAGAAGGCAAAGGUAGCGACAAUGCCUCGGAGAGCGGAGCCAGUUCCGAUGCCACAAGUACGACAAUACGAGGUUUAAAACCAGCUACUCGGUAUGCAGUUACGAUCAGAGCGUAUAAUGCAGCUGGGAAUGGUCCUUCAUCACAACCUCAUUAUCGGCAUACUUUGGAGUCACCCCCUAUUGGAAGUCCAGAAGGCCUAACAUGUGUAUCGAGUGGUUCAACGUCGCUCCGCGUGUCCUGGCGCCCGCCCGCCCUAGACUCACAGGGCGGCCUCAUCACUCACUACACUUUGCAAUACACGCGCCGCGAUGCUGAUCCAUUACUGCCGGUUCAAGAUGCACAUUUACGUGUUCAGGGAGAAGAAACAACUGUGUCUCGGCUUACACCAUUCGCGGAAUAUGAUCUAAGAGUCCGCGCACACAAUGCUGCUGGAGAUGGUCCAUUAUCCCCAGCACAGGUCUGCAGGACUGAUGAAGAUGUACCAAGUGCUCCAAGUGGUAUCAAACUGAUAGCCCUCAGCGAGAGAUCCCUUCGCGCGUCUUGGCUUCCGCCAGUGGAACCCAAUGGCAGAUUGACCCACUACUCACUUUAUGUCAAAGAUCUAUCCGGUUCACACGAGGCAAACGUGACCCGUGUCAACUCGUGCACUGAGAGUGAAGGGUCAACAGUGGAGUGUAUGAAGACCCUAAGAGGUCUACGUUCAGGGAGGACAUAUGAGGCCUGGGUGAGAGCGUCUACUGGAGCGGGAGAGGGACCAACCUCCACUGUCGUAGAGUGUCAGACAACUGCUUUAGCUCCUGCUCGAAUCUCCUCUUUCGGUGGAGUAGCAGUGGAGUCAGCAGGCAAUUCCCUUUCACUACGUUGUGUAGUGGGAGGAGUCCCUCCUCCAUCCAAGCGAUGGCUCCGAGGAGGAAAUCCUCUGCAUAUAAGGUCUCCAUUCCAAUUGGAUGGCGAUGCUUUGAUGAUACGGAACUUAGAACUGGUCCACGCGGAUAAUUACACCUGCGUAGCUGAGAAUCCUCAUGGAUCAGACUCGGUGACUUGGCGGGUCUUUGUCCUACGAUCCCCCUCCCCACCUUCAUUGGCACUCAUUGAAGCUAGGUCUAGGGAACUAGAACUGGAGCUUAGGGCUUCUCCGAGGAUCCCAGGUCACGCCAUUCCAAAAGAGUAUACUCUACAUUGGAGACUUGCAGAACCUGAGGGUGAAUGGCGAGUACAAUCGGCUAACCCUGGUCCAGCGAUACUCACCGGCCUUCGCUGUGGCUCAGCGUAUCGUGCAUAUGGGUCUGCCGGUGGUGCUCCUGGUACUGAAAUAUCGGUUAGGACAUCUGGGGGUCCACCAAUGGCCCCACCGGAUAAUCGCUGGAUAAGGUCUAAUACCACUCACGCGAUGUUCGACACAACUAUGUGGUCCGAUGGAGGGUGUGGUCCCGUAGCAUUGAAGCUUGAAUGGGCCGGGUCGGGCGUGGCUGGAGCAAGGGAUGUACCGGUUGCUGGUGAAGUUAUAUUGGGAGGUUUAAUACCUGGAUCGAGAUAUCGUGUCGCAGUCCGUGCUUCAAAUGAAGCUGGUUGGACGCGGGAAGUCUACGAAUUCUCUACGGACCCACCGGAAGGAGGUUUUGCGGAGGAAGUGGAUGCGCCUUUCCCCGCCACGGCUGGAGAGUUAGCCUUGUUGCUCGCUCUGUGUGCUGCGCUUUCCAUUGCGGCUCUUACAAUACUUGCUAUCUUGCUCAGACGGACGAGAACCGAUGGCGCAAUGCCUCGAGUGACAAGUGCCGACAAGGCACCCUGCGGCACUUACAGGCCGCCACACUCGACGCCCAAGCUGCCUCCCGAUCCACCAGACGUAUACGAGAUUAGCCCGUACGCGACCUUUGCGGGUGGGGAAGGUAUCGGUCCGGGUUCUAGGGCAUACACGCUUCAGCUUCGAGCGUUGGCUCGUCAUGAUGAUGAAGCCACACCUCCACCGCAUCACAGUGCUGAUGAAGAAACGUGUUUGGACGCAUAUGAAGCACAACGGAGGCGCAGGCGCAGACGACAUUAUUGCCCCGAUCAUGGUUGUUCACAAGACUCGGGAAGUUGA